AGUCCGUGGGUCGUAGAAAAUCGUAUUAUGCAUGCCGUCGCCUUAGCCUGAGAGACAACAUGAAAUGCUUUAUAACACCUUCCAUUCUUGUGACCAUCUUUCUAGUUCCAUCUCUGGCCCUUAUGAACACCAGUGACAGCCAUUCUCUGGUUGGCUCUGUGGGGACACAGACCGUCCGUGUUGAUGCCUCCCGACGUAUGGUCAGCAUCCAAGACAACAACGUUUUGAGUGAAUGGAAUGGAAUCAUGGACUACAGGAAUGCCCUCCUGGCGGCUAAGCUGUUUAAUAAGAUGGCCUGUGUCCUGGCCAAGAUGGAGCCCGCCGCCUUCCCAAGUUUGGAUGAGAUCGCCCAGGCCCUGGGCGAACAGGCUUCCGGUCACUACCCACCCACCCGCGGACUGACCUACACGGUUUUACCCAGCCGAGUCAAAAAUCUGGCCCAAUACGGAGUGGCGGUCAAGGAGCUGUGCCGAGCGGUGCCCGCCUACUUCGCUCGGCAGCAAAAAGAAGGUACAGCCCUGGCGAUUGACCCAGACUCCUGUUCUGAGCUCCAGCUUCUGUCCUUCAUGGGACUGUCCAUCUGUGGUGAGAUCCCUGGCCUCUGAACCCCUAAGUCAGCUGUGUGAAGACUGAACGUGCCUGGUCCAGCCUCUGCCUGUGAGAUGCGGCUCAUUCCAGUCCUCUGCAUUCCGGCUCCCCACGCAGCACCCAGCCCUGUAGU